UUUGGCCCGGGGCAUGCAGGCUCAGGCUGACUUCAGAGGGGGAGCGAGGGCGUGUUUGUGAGAGGGGCUGAACACUGGCUCCGGGGUCCGGGAGGGAUUUACCACAGUCUGAGGAGAAUAGACAAACUUUCGGAGGACGGGUGACCCAGUUUCCACACACAGCUAUGCAGUUUCAGGAUUGGUUACGUUCCUUGCGUCUCACUGGAGGAGAUGGCAAGUCUGAAAUGGACAAUCUGAAGACGCUCCUUCCGUCUCUGCCCUCGUCCUUCUCUCUGUCCUCUCUCUCCCUUUCUCCGUCCUCUAUCAUAGGCUUAGGAGCGCUAGCCUCUCUCACAACCUACUGGCUGGUGACCAGACCUCGGCCAAUCCAGCCUCCAUGUGACCUACAGGCCCAGUCCAUAUCUGUGCAGGGAGAUCAGAGCUGUAGACGCUCAGCUUUACUGACGGAUGACAAUCUGCUGGAGUUUUACUAUGAGGACACAAAGACAGUGUACGACAUGUUCCAGAGAGGACUGCGGAUAGCAGGCAAUGGUCCUUGUCUUGGCUUCAGGAAACCCGGAGAGCCCUAUCAGUGGAUCUCUUACACUGAGGUCGCAGAAAGGGCACAGGUGUUGGGAUCAGGUUUGCUGGCGAAGGGUUGCAAACCAAACCCACAGCAGUUUGUGGGCAUCUUUGCCCAAAACAGACCAGAGUGGGUCAUUGCAGAGCUGGCCUGUUACACGUUCUCUAUGGCUCUGGUGCCUCUGUACGAUACACUUGGAUUAGAGGCUAUGGUUCACAUCCUUAACCUGGCGGAGAUCUCUAUGGUGAUCUGUGAUAAGGAGGAUAAGGCAGAAUCUCUGUUGAAGAAUAAGGAGAAGGGAGUGACUCCCACCCUCUCCUGUCUGGUGCUCUUUAGCCCCUUCAGCGCCGCCCUGCUGGAGAGAGGAAGGAAGUGUGGUGUGGAGAUAUUACAGCUCUCACAGAUUAUGGAUCUAGGAAGAGAACGUUUAAAGCCACCUGUGCCUCCUAAACCUCAGGAUCUGGCUGUGGUAUGUUUCACCAGCGGGACCACAGGAAAGCCUAAAGGAGCCAUGAUCACUCACGGCAACAUCGCCUCCAACACCUCCUCUGUCAUCAAGAUCCUUGAGGGCUACUUUGUGAUUCGUCAGGAGGAUGUGUCCAUCUCCUAUCUGCCACUCGCUCACAUGUUUGAGCGUAUGAUCCAGGUGUCGAUGUUUUGUCAUGGAGCAAGGGUUGGUUUUUACCAGGGUGACAUUUCUCUGCUGAUGGAUGACAUAAAGACCCUGAAGCCCACCUUCUUCCCUGUGGUCCCUCGAUUACUCAACCGCAUCUAUGAUAAAAUUCUGGGCUCGGUUACGUCUCCGCUGAAGAGAGCCUUUCUUCAUUACGCCGUGAGGAGGAAACAGGCCGAGCUGAGCAGUGGAGUCGUGAGGAACAACAGCAUGUGGGACCGACUGAUCUUCAAUAAGAUACAGGCCAGUCUGGGUGGAAACCUGCGAUUCAUCCUCACUGCAUCCGCCCCGAUCUCUCCAACUGUCCUGUCCUUCCUCAGAGCCACCCUCGGCUGUCUGAUUUUCGAGGGUUAUGGACAGACGGAGUGCACUGCUGGAUGUACCUUUUCUAUGCCUGGUGACUGGAGUGCAGGUCAUGUCGGAGCUCCUUUGCCCUGUGCUAUGGUGAAGUUAACUGACAUCCCUGACAUGAACUACUGCGCCAAGAAUGGAGAAGGAGAGAUCUGUAUCCGGGGUCACAGCGUCUUCCGAGGGUAUCUGAAGGAUGAGGAGAGGACGGGAGAGGCGCUGGACGCUGAUGGCUGGCUUCACACUGGAGACGUGGGACAGUGGCUGCCGAACGGGACUUUGCGCAUUGUGGACAGGAAGAAGCACAUCUUUAAGCUGUCCCAGGGCGAGUACAUCGCUCCUGAGAAGAUCGAGAACGUCUACACUCGCUGUGUUCCUGUUCUCCAGGUCUUUGUGCAUGGAGAUAGUCUACAAUCUUAUCUGAUAGGAGUUGUAGUUCCAGACCCGGAGGUGUUUGUCGACUGGGCCAAAGAAAGAGGGGUCGUUGGAUCAUAUGAAGAGCUUUGUCAAAAUCCUGAUGUGAAGAAAGCCGUGCUGGAGGACAUGACGGCAGUGGGGAAGGAGGCAGGACUGAAGUCAUUUGAGCAGGUGAAGGACUUCUAUUUGCACCCUGAAAUGUUUAGCGUGUCAAACGGCCUCCUCACGCCGACCCUGAAGAGCAAGCGUGUGGAUCUCCGGCGAGUCUUCAGCGAGCAGAUCGCACAGAUGUACAGUAAAUCACCCGUAUAGACCUCACACGCUCUCCACAACACAUUUACAAAGCCACUUUCUCGAAAACAUUUGAACUAACUUAAGACUUGCUAAACAAGCCAGAUGCUACUGACAGGAAACUGUUCUCCAUAAAUUAUGAUAAAUCGUCUUCACAUCUUUGCUUCUCAUGUAGUGAUCUAGAUUGUGUUUUAGGUCAUUAUAGACAGCUUUGAUGGUUUGAACUGAGGUCAUAUAGGCCUGACGCAGACACUCCAUCCUAAUACAUAGUUCAGGAGCAUUUAGUAGCAUUUUCCAAGAUUUGGGAACUGAUGAACUUAUUUUAAUGAAUAGUCUUUCGAUCAGUGUCGUCGACAUUUUACAGUUUUGUAAGUUGCACCUCUAAAGCACAAUCUGUAUGAAUUGUAAUGCUUCGUUUCAGUUGUUGUGUUGCCAUGAAAUGGCUGUUCAACAGUCUGUAAAUUAGUGUUUUCAACUGUAAAUGUUUGACUAAUUCCAGCUGAUAGAGAUGUACUGUAUUUUACUGACAUACCUUAUUACGGUUUUUCAUUUUCACACCAACCACAGCUCUAACUGACAAAAUCAGCUGUUGUUGAAGCGCAGAUCUGAUUGGUUCACGUAGAUGUCACUUUGGGGAAAAGGCAUGUCGAUCUGUUGCUUACAAGAAUACUUACUUGGGUUCCUUCCCAAGUAAAUCACAGUCCUGCCCAGACUGCAAUACGUGUACUAGAUGUCAUUUUGGAUGAAGGCGGCGAGAAAAAUGCUGUUAAUUUCAAAUAAAAUCAGGAAUUUUCAGACAUUGAAUAUCCACAACCAAUUUACUGUAAGAAUGUUUGACAGGUAAACACAACAGCAAACAAUUUGUUUAAAGGAAAACAAUUUUACAGACGAAAAAUGCACACAUUUUUGGGAAGCGUAAGGCUGUGGUCCAGAGAAAAUGUUUUAGAUUUCAGAAGUCAAACAUUCAUUUCUUUUAAAAGCAAAGCAGUGUAUAAGUUGCUUGGUAGAUGCUAUAUCCAAAGGGACAAAGGCACUGAAUUCGUUUACACUGGACUAUAGUGAGCAACAUACUCACCUACUGUGAAGGCACAUUGGAAAUAAUGUCAAACCGAAACAAUAAUCUUUUGUUUAUACAAUCAAGGCUCUUCCAGUUUCAAAACUUCACUAUAUAGUGAUUGUCAGUAACUGAUGCCAUUCACAACAACACAAAUGAGAUGAAAAUGUGUGGCUUAAAUAAUUGGCCCUUGUGUAUUAUGGCUGUAAGACUACUGGUAAAUAUAUAUAUAUAUAUAUAUAUAAACCGGUCUUUCCUUCAUUACAAACACGAUGAGCACAAACAGGUCAGAUACAAAAACAAAACAAAAGAUGAAAAAUGCUUCACGUGUGUCAGUAGAGGGAGGCAGAGUAUCAUUGAAAUACAUGUAGUUCAUCACAGAAUCCACAAAAGACUAACAUGAACUAACAAAAAAAGCUGAAGAACAUACUAUUGUAGUGUUUGAACACUACGGAAAACAAAAUGUUCAUCAUGUAUAAAAAAACGAAGCUUUAGCAUUUUAUGGUUUGAACAUUAAUUUGGCCUGUGGUCAAUGGGAAAGCUUUAAGAUACACAUGUAAAUGAUCUGUUAAAAAUUCAAUUGUUGGUCAGUUAUAGUGACUGUAAUAACAAAAAGACAAGACGAGACUAGAAAAACUAAACACAGGAAGUUUGAUCAACAAAAAGUGACUGGAA